AUUUAAAUGCUAUUUCCCUAGAACGCACGAAGGCGAAGCAUCGUCAGAAAAAUAAUAAGCACUGCGUUGUCUGGACGCGUGAGAUAUCUUUUUUUUUGCUUUUUGUCAAGACACACCGGCCAUAGGGUUAUUCGUCGGUCAGAAACAACGUUUAUAUUUUGGCUAUAGUUGUGAAGUGUGGUUUUCACCAGACAGCGAAAAGAAACGGUGACGAAAAAGAAAACGCGUUGUUUGUGUGUGCAGUUUAAAGCUCUCGACGCAGCGGCAGUGAACUAACCCUCGCCAAAAGUGAUCCAAGUGACGGUGAAUUUACGUGCGUUUGUGUGGCCUUUUUGUCUGGCUGGUUCCGGUGUUUUGAAAACGGUGCGUAAACGUGAAAAAGUUAUCAACGAAUGGCUGCAAGGGAUUAAAAUUCCGUACGUCUAAAUCCACGAUCGUAUUCGCAUCGAUGUGUCUCCGUGCUUUCGGCAUACGGCUACUUCCCUUCCAAUGGCCCUAAAUACUCCCAAGCGCCUUAAGACGGCUGUGCCGCCAUGCGCAAACUAUUUAAGCACACCACCACCAUCGGUUAGCAUCGGUUCACCGCCACCGAUCGAGACACCGUCGUCCGCCGCCGCUAAUGGCCAGCAGCUUCAGCUGAACACGUCGGCGCACACGCAACACGCCUCCUGGAACCAAAACAACAACUGGUUCAGUGAUGCCACUAGUCCGGCCUCCAGCUGCAGCUCACCGGACGGGCAUCAGAACCGUAGCUACGGUGGGCACAACUCCUCUGGGACGCCGCACACCUGGAACACCUCCAGCAGUGGGUCAGCCGAAAAGUCGGAAAACAAACGCGGCCGGCCGCGUUCCGAAGCGCUGACGACGCUCAUGGUCGAGGGUUCGAUAUCGCCGUCCGCUAUUAAAUGCCGCUUCUGUAAUCGAGUUUUUCCGCGAGAAAAAUCAUUGCAGGCCCAUCUACGCACACACACAGGCGAACGUCCUUACCCGUGUGACUAUCCCGGCUGUACCCGUGCCUUCACCCAGAGCGGCCAAUUGAAGACGCACCAGCGGCUCCACACGGGCGAACGGCCCUUCAUCUGCUCGGUCGCACACUGCGAGAUGCGCUUCACGCACGCAAACCGCCACUGUCCCGACCAUCCGCACGAUACGCUCAAGCGGUGCGAUGAUUUCGUCAUACAGACCGUGCCGGAACAGAACAUCGAGGUGCUGAAAUGGUUGGAGAAGUAUCGUGCCGAGCGGGAGGAUCGCACUCCAACGCGCAAAACGCCCAAACGCAACAGUGGCGCAUCGAACGGUGGCGGUUGUGAGAAUGGAAGUGGCACCACACCGGGGGGCAGCACAGCCCAAAAUGAGAAUGAAAACCGCCGACCAUAUUUGGCACCGCGAACUGCUAACAACGAAAACCAUCUACCGCUGAGCGGCGGUAAUGGGGCCGCUAAUGUGGGCGGCGUGGCAGAUUCCAGCGGUAGCAAUGCCGGGAUCGACAACGGUCAGCUGCUAUCGUCGCCCGUUACACCGAUCAAUGCGUACAAAUCGAGCCGCAAGGGGCUGAUGGACAUGAACGCGUGCAUGAGCCUUACCAGUCCGGUAACGGCAAAGUCGAAGUCGAAUUCGCGCCCGAAAUUGAUUCACUGGCAGGAUCCCACCAGCCAGGAGGAGGAUGAGUCUGGCGACGAGUGUUCGGCACCGUCCAAACAGUCGACGUUCAACCCGAAGAAGAAAUGGUUGCGCGAUGCUUGGCAGGACGAUCUCGCCAAACCGCUCGAGCCGAGCCUGAUCUCGCAAAAGCUCUUCUCCUCGACGACCUCCACCAUGGCGCUGAAGCAGCAGUUGCAGCAGGAAAGUGUCACCACGCUUUCACCUGCCAAGCGGCAGCUUCUCGGUGUGACGGGCCACAGCAAACCGUUGCCGCGUAUGGAAGGAUUUAGCAAUGUGCCUCCUAGCAUGCCGGUACCGGCGCUCUCCACCGUUCUCCCCGUACCGUCGCCGGUGGAAGGGCAGCCGGAGCCUUCGGUUGAUCCGAAUCAAACGCGACCCACGGUGCUGAUGGUAGCCAGCAAGGAUUGUACCCGGCCGCUCACUGAUAAACCAGCGGCAGCAUUACAGCACAAUGAAACCGUUGCUAGGUAUAUCGACCUAAACACUGCCGCGCCCGCACCCAAACCGGAGGAAACCAGCCGUAAGCUACAGGGCGCACUGGCGUUAAUACAACUCGCUGCCAAGGAUGAGCUGCUGCGCGAUUCGUUUGACGUGCAGCAAACAUUGGUGGCCGAAAGGUCUACCCUAUACGGCAACGAAACGGCCCACUCUUGCGCAGUACAGGAAACGAACGGUCACGCAAUGCUGUCGGAAGAAUUUGCUGCCGAAGUUAACGGGCUGGGUCGAUAUUCGUAGAACGACAGUUAGUCUCUUCUUGCCACCGCUAACGCAUUGUUAAACGACGUAACGUAGGUUCCAAAGAAAAUCUUCCGAUCUUAUGGAGAUAGAAAAGACACAAUCUUUAGAGGCUUUAACGGGAUGGCACAAAAAAUUACACGCACGGUUGUAGGGUGAGAGAUGUAAAGGUGGAAUGUGUAAAAUUAUAUUUUUAAUAACGUUUGUGGUAAUUAACGUCCCUUAGCUAGAUUGAAGACCACAUACAAAACCAGAAACCAUAUAUAUCAUUUUUUGUCCCCCACUUUGCUCUUCGAUAGGUGUACAGAAAAUUGAAAUUGUACAAGAACUAGGUAGGAUAACAAGCAAGAAUUCAAAUUUAAUUUAACUGAAUCGGUAUCUCCUGUUUGGACUACUACUUCAUGCAUACACAAUCGCUUAUGCACUUUUUCCCUUUUAAUUUCGACAAAUGUUUUUUACUUAAAUUUAGCUGUUUAACAUCAUAAAACCGAGUUUUUUUUCUCUCCCAGUGAGCUUAAAAAAGUGACGUAUAUCGGACAAGUUUCUCUUUUCUUUUUAAUCCGUUUCAAUUGCGAGGAAAUACGGUUAUAGAAGUGUUUGUAUUUAUAAUUAUCCUUUCUUAAGAAUUCAAACUAACGGUAGAAUGCGCGCUGCUAUGAUAAAUCCUGCAAAGAGUUGAAGAUUUAUUUAUUCUAUAUAUUUUGUUUCCCCCCCAAUUAUUAUUAAUUGCUUAGCCCGUAUGUGUUUGGUGUUGCGAUACGAUACGAUGAUAACAUUACUUUCAUUUUCUUUUCGUGUACAGGAGCUAUGAAGAUGUAUCACACAAGGCCUUUGCCUUUUACGGUUUCAUACGCUAGAAUUGUGAUUGUUAGAACGAACGAUUCGGGUUGAACUUGUUUGUUGAAGCAUUGUGUAAAUAUUGGAACGAAAAGGAAUGUACAAUAAAUGGAUGUAUCGAGAUGAGAUAACAAAACCGAA